AUGAUAGGAGAGCACUUCGGUGUGCCCGAAGGUGUGAUGAAUUGCGUUAGAUCACCCGUAUACGGGCUACCUAACGCGCCGGAUGAUCUACAGCAGCGGUUCCCAAACUGUGCUCCGCGGAGCACAAGGUGCUCCGUGGUUAAAUUUACUUGUUUUAUAAUGGAUCUUUGGCUUAAAACAGGUGUUUUGAAGAAAACAGCGAUUUCAGCUACAGAUGCAGAAAUGCAGGGAUCUAACCCCAACAGCAAUAUGGAAAAAGAAAAUAGGGAAAUAGCUCACACUGAAGACACAGAAUUGCAGAUAUUGAGAAAAUCCGAGUCUGUUGCGAGUUUACUAACAUCAGCUGAAGUAAUUGAUUGUCAAACAUCUGGUCCAUCAAAGAUGAGUAUUUGUGAGAGAAAAACUGCAAAACGAAAAUACCAUGAUUCUUAUCUGGAUAUCGGAUUCAUUGAAACCAACGACAAUAAACCACAAUGUGUAAUAUGCGGUAAAGUGUUACCCAACAGUGCUAUGUUUCCAGCGAAAAUGCGACGACAUUUGGAAAUAGUUCAUCCUGAAUGUAAAGACAAACCGAAUGAUUUUUUUCAAAGAAAAUCCAGUGAAUUAAAAAAUACACAAAAAAGUAUAACUUUUCAUGCACAGACACUGAGCGAAAGGUCGUUAAAAGCAUCCUACUUAGUUAGUUACCGAAUCGCUAAAGCAGGCAAGCCUCAUGUUAUUGCUGAAACUUUAAUCAAGCCUUGCGUCAAAGAUAUAGUUGAAACUAUGAUGGAUGAAAAGGAUGUGAAACUAGUUACUACAGUUCCACUAUCAAAUAACACUAUUUCUAGGCGCAUUGUAGAAAUGGCUGAUGACGUAAAAAACACUUUAAUUUCUCGAAUAAAAGGUAGUUCCUUUUCGCUACAGCUUGAUGAAUCGACAGAUGUGGCUGGAUUGGCUGUAUUGAUAGUUUUUGUUCGCUUCCAAUUUGGCAACUCUUUUCAAGAUUUGCUUUUUUGCAAGCCACUACCAACUAGUACUACUGGGGCUGAGAUUUUCAAAUUGCUUGACGAAUUUUUUGUUGCACAUGAUAUACCUUGGAAGAAUUGCAUUGAUGUAUGCACCGAUGGCGCAAAGGCUAUGACUGGAAAAACAAGUGGUGUUGUAGCUAGAAUUAAAGAAAAAAAUAGUAACUGCUAA